UGCAUAUUUAACACAGUGAGGCCCAGUUCGAACUCCAAAGCUGGUUAAAUAUGUUACAAACUCGGUUCGAGAGAGAAAACUAAUAAUAUUAAAUCGGAAUAUCCGCAGGGGUCCGACAGCAGGCUGAACCUACGCUGAAAGGAUUACGCCAACCGCUGGUUGCCUGCUGGCCCAUCGCAAUCAUGACUUCCAAUGCACCAUCUGAAUGCUGCAUGGCAGGACAUCUGCACGAUGGCAGGGCCAGUGGGGAGAUCCAAGAACUUGCCAACAUCUCGACGUACAUCACCUAUCCACCUGAUCGGUCGACGAAGAAGGCCAUCUUGUUCCUCACCGAUGGCAAUGGCCAUCGCUUCAUCAAUGCCCAUUUGAUGGCGGACCAGUUUGCCGCCCGUGGCUUCCUCGUAGUUAUGCCCGACCUCUUCCACGGUGAUCCCAUCCCAGUCGACCAUGGGCCCGAUUUUGAUAUCAUGGGCUGGUACAACCAACACCUGCCACCUACGGUCGAUCCUAUUGUCGAUGCUAUACUAGGGGAGAUGCGCACUACCCUCGCCUGCCAGCAAGUCGGCACUGUCGGGUAUUGUUUUGGCGGCAAAUAUGUGUGUCGCUACCUCAAAGCUGGCAAACUAAACGCAGGGUUCGUUGCCCACCCAACCAUGGUGACGGUGGAGGAGCUUGAGGGGGUCGAAGGGCCGUUGAGCAUUGCUGCAGCCAUUGUUGAUCCCGUCUUUACCACUGCCAACCGCCACGAGAGCGAGGGGAUCCUAGCUAGAGUUGGUGUUCCUUUUCAGAUAGAUUUAUUCUCUGAUGUAGAGCACGGAUUUGCGGUCCGCUGUGAUCAAGCAGAGCCGCGACAGAGAUUCGCCAAAGAAGCGGCAUUUGAGCAAGCUGUGGCAUGGUUCGAUCGGUAUGUGAAGGAGUGAAUGACUGGAGCCAGCCAACAUUUGAUUCACUGUUCAGGUUGGACGGCUGAGGCUAGACCUUUCCAUUAUGGUUCAUCGCAUGCUCAAUCUUCAGCGGCACUAUGCAUAAAUUGAUGUCACAAACUUCCCUGGGUUACAGAUGUAUCUUCUUCGCAGACUUCAAGGAGUGCUGGUCCUUGUUUCGGGGAUUACAUAUAGUACAUAUACUCCGUACUACCUAUAUACCCAUUCCAUCAAGGCCAGAGAACUUCCGGGAGGAGUAUUGCAUGAGACGAACGAAAAACGAGGUUCUAUCUUAGGACAUAGCAGUAAAUAGUCGUACAUCGAUAGUUCCUUCCGCAUCAAAAAUUCCUCUCUGGCAAUGGAAUGAUUGCCAUCGCGUUAUUUUGAGCGACGCGUU